AUCUAAGCCCUGAAGAUCGUUAACUCCUUCGAGUCCCUAGCAGUACAAAGUAUCGAACCUGUGGGACACCGGGUACCUGCUAUGGUUUUCCCUCCGAUAGCAAGGGCGACCUUGCAAGCUGCGCUAAUUAAUGCCGGUUCCAAUAUCCUGGCACAGGCCAUUGGUGCUUAUAGGGACGAGAGACCCUUUGAACUGGACAGCCAAGCCUUGUUUCAGUUCACAACAUGUGCCUUCAUCCUAUCACCGUUGACUUUCCUGUGGCUUGAGGGACUCGAAUCAAAAUUCCCGGGUCACGACGAUACUUCCGCCCCUAGUCCUAAAUCAGAGAAAGUGAAGCACAAGCCUCAGCUAAAUUUUACAAAUACUGUCGCCAAAAUCGUCAUCGACCAAAUUGUUGGAGGUGCCUGGAACACGGCAGCCUUCAUCAUGACCAUGGGAUUCCUGCGCGGUCAGGACUGGGAUACCAUUCUGCAGCAGACCCAAAAGGACUUCUGGCCCAUCAUGGUGGCAGGGUUCAAGCUGUGGCCAUUCGUCUCCGUUCUAAACUUUACUGUUGUGCCAACAGAUAAACGGCUGCUUGUUGGUAGCCUAUUUGGUGUGCUCUGGGCUGUUUACUUGAGUUUGAUGUCUGGUUGAUAUUAUUCGAGUUUGCCUCAAGGGGUCGUCCGAAUUUGUUUCCGAAACCCGUGCUGCAAGACCUAAUUAGAACUGAGUUGGGUAUCAGCGAGUCACAAGGCUCGGGUGCUUUCGUUGUUGGCUUAGCGAACGUUGGAUAGACAAGCCACUAUUUGCAUUCGAUAUAUGCCACGUAUAACGUUAGCAGGCAAAUUUUGGGGCAUACCCCAAUUGGGUCAACCCAGUAGGGGAAGUGAUGGAUAGGCAACCACAUACAACCGACAGGAGCUUUCUCAAAGCUUGCGGGGAAAGGGGUCGGGAUGGAAUUAACGGCGGCACGCUAGAUAAAUAGCAUCCUUCACGCAACAUUGAUAAGACUGUUGAGCAA